AUGCGGCGUUUCAACUGCGUUCCCGCUGCUCUCAUCGUGGAGCGGCAGGGCGCGCCGUCGUCGCCCGGGAGCCCCCCCUUUGCCGGUCUUUUCAUCGCCCGCCGUGGUCGUUUUUACCGCCCCCUCACGAAUCAAGGCAUUAACCUCUGGCGGCGGCGAAUGGGGCGGAUCCAUAACGGAUGGAACUACUGGGAUUACGCGCACACCCGCCCGGAUCCCCGCCCGAUGCCGGAGCCGGCUGUCAACAAUUAUUACGGCCGCUCUCGGAUUUGGAACCCGAUCGCGGGGAAGAUCGGGCUGGUGAAUCGAAAGGCGGAGAAUUGGAAUUGGCCGCACGCACGGCCGCCCCCGACGGGGCUGCGGCGCUCCCGUGAAUUUCUCCCGCACUUUCUCGAUCGCUACUUCCCCGAGGUGGAGGUGCGGCUCGUGCUCGAUAGCGUUCUGAACAACGAAACGACGCGGCCGGUGUUUCACAUCCCACAAGAUAUGUCGAAGCGGGAGCUGGCGAACUACCUGAAGAAUAUCUACGGCAUCGACCCCAUCGUGCGCAUCCAGGUCCACAACCAACGGGGGCGGCGAUUUAAAAAUGAGGUGGGGCAAAUCAAGUCGCUGCCGGAUUAUAAAGUUGCCGUGGUGGAGUUGGAAUCGCCUGUGAAGAUUGAGAUGAAGCAGCUCAAGGGGACGGAGGACACACCGGAUAACAGCCCGCGCGCCCAGAUCUCGUAA